CCAGCUUGGGCUAUCCACGUGGUGGGACUGGGGCUGCUGCAGGGCUCUGCCCACUGUGGACCUCUGACCUCCCACAGCUGUCCCACGUCUAUGCUGAUUCUGGCUGGAUCUUGUCCCUGGAUCCGUCCUGGCAUUGUGGCGGAUUUGCUGCUUACCCCUGGUGCCAGAGGCCUCCCCUCCCAGUCGCCAUCUUCUGAGACAUCCAGUCCAGAGCCAUGAAGACCAAGAGCCGGCCCCCACGGCGCCGGGCACCUCUGCAGGACGCAGAGGCCACCCCAGGGGAGCGCACACCUGACAGGCUCCAGCCAGGCUCUGAGCCAGACGUUGCCAAGGGUCUACGGAGCAGGACCACCCGGGCGGCGGGAGGCCGGGCUGAAGGUGGGCGCAGACGGCCAGGGCCCACAGGUCUGGGCUGCCGGCGGGAGAGCAGCGUCCAGCGGCGGCUGGAGAGCAACGAGCGGGAGCGGCAGCGGAUGCACAAGCUCAACAACGCUUUCCAGGCCCUGCGCGAGGUCAUCCCGCACGUGCGCGCAGAUAAGAAGCUCUCCAAGAUCGAGACGCUCACGCUGGCCAAGAACUAUAUCAAGUCGCUGACCGCCACUAUUCUGACCAUGUCCAGCAGCCGCAUCCCCGGCCUGGAGGGCCCUGGCCCAUCACCAGGCCCUAAGCUCUACCAGCACUACCAGCAGCAGCAAGUGGCUGGAGGUACUUUUGGUGCCACAGAGGCUCCGCCCCAGGGCCAGCUGCAGAGGUACUCCACGCAGAUCCACAGCUUCCGAGAGGGCACCUAGUCCCUGGCUCUGGGGUGGGGUGGCAGUGGUGCCCAGCCUGUACACCCUAGCCCUGGCCCUUCCGUGCUGCUUGCCCCAGACUGGUGACGAUGCCUCAGACAUGGCCCCCGCGGCUCCAUUCAUUUUCCCUCAACACUGAGCCACCUCCCUGGAACGGUUUUUCCUGGCCCCAGGGACAAGUGAGUGGUCUGGAUGAGGCCGCGGCUCUAGGCAGCCUGAGGUCCAAACCUGGCAAGGGUCUGAGGUCCUGCUUUUUCACUGAACCUGGUGGACGAAGCAGGAGUGAAAGGCCUGAGCCUUCGUAACUAAAUUCUCUUCACCCUGACUCCCUUCCUGGCAAAGGGAGAUUCCAGGAAAAGAUUUACUUACAAGUUUUCCUAGCUAUCGCUGAGGCCAAGGCCUGGGGAGGGACCUGCCGGAGGGCUAGAUGGGGCCUGGGGUGUUUCCUCACUUGGGGUAAACUGACGUCCCAGACAAAAAGCCUGAGGCCAUUCAGAGAGCGUGGCUGAGCCAAGAUGGUUGAAGCGUCAUCUUCAGCAGCUAGAAACCCUAAUCGGAUGACCUCGAAUUCCUUCUAAAGGGGACUUAGGGGGCUUUUUGCCCCCUCUCCAGAGGGGGUUUGUGUGGCAACCGCAGCCCAGGCUGAGGCUAACAGCAGGUGAUGGCAGGGGGUGCCUGGGUCCUGUGCUGAGUGGCUUUGUGGACCAGAACUGGAGCUGGAGAUGGGGCUGUCCCUGGGGUUGCCCUUCUGUGCUUGCCGGGAGAGCUGUGAGCACCUGGUCCCCAGAGCAGGCCUGAGGCAUCCUGGCCAGCCCUGGGCUGUGCAGGGAGGUUUGUCGCAGGCCUUCCGCAGGCUCCCACUUUGUUAUCUGUUGUCACACCUGUCACUGACGUGGGUCACCAUAUAGUUGGCCAAGGGCAGUCAGUCUGACAGACUUUUAGGCUUGAGUCCUUGCUUGUGUGGGGGGCCCUUUGGCUUUCUGUGAGGUGAAGCCUGGGUGUGGCAGGAGCUUCCCUCCCCCUCCUGGUGCUGCUCCUUAAUGGCAGGGACUGGGUGGCUUGGCAGCUACCUGCAGCCUCAGGCCCAGCUUCCUUCUGCCGGGGCGUUCCCGCCCCACUGGCUCUGCCAGCCUUGGCCACUUUGUUUCCAGACCUGCUGGUGUCACCCCCUCCCCCGUCUCUCUGCCUGGGCCACAUUAAGGGCAGCAGGUGCCACCGUGAGGAACAGGCCUUGGCCACUUCCCUGGUACUCUCCUGGUCAGGCCCUCUGGGGGGCUUCCCCAGGCACAUUAUUCCAUCUCAAUGAAACUUGACCAAGUGAGGUUCCUGCCAGCCCUUGGGGGCCCACCAUGCAGUUGCUCCAUCAUAGUCAAUUGGGGACCACUCUGUCAGAGUGACCCACCAGUGGGAGCCAUAACUGGGCAUGACUCAGGGUUGGAACAGGUAGAGCCCAGGUCCUCUACUAUAGGAGACAUGCCCAAUGGGGACACAAGAUGGUGGAGACCCCCACCAAGGGCAGGCAGGGUGCUAGAGACCUGGCAACUCUCGUUUCGCUGAGCUGAGGCCCUCGACUUGCUAAACAAACUUAGAAGCUGAGUCCAAUGGCACAGAGAAGGGGACCAGUGGGGGUGCUGUCCAGGACACUGUGUUGAUGGCUGUCCGUGGCCAGGGCAGCAGGGGGGCUGGGCUGACCGACCGCCUUGCAGGAGGACAGCUGUCAUGGCUCUUACUUGAACUGGCACCUGUAUCCCUUCUGCCUCCCAGAGGGUGAGCAGGGCCAUCGUCCAUCCCUCACCUGCAGCUGGAGGGGAUCUACAUGCCAUGUGGCCACACCAUGCAGGACCCUCAAAGGUCCCAACCCCACUGUGAAGUAUCAAAUGCUAUGGGAGGUGAGGGGCUAGGUCUGUGACAGGCCAGCAGGGACUGCUGGCAUCUGCUCCCUCCAACCUCACCUCGACCCCAACCCCAGCUUGUCUUCCAAGGCCCUGCACGGGCCACCAUGGCUGAGAAGUCCCUCUAAACGUGGGUCACAGACCUGUGCUGCUCUGGUUGCCUGUGCCGCACCCCACCCACCCUCAGAGACCGGGUCCUGGGGAGCUGGGAGGCAGGCUCCCCAUCCACCCAGGGAGACACUGGAAAACCCCAGCUGGAACUGCACAGCCCGCGCCCCCAUUAUAAUUGUGGUGACAAUGUUUCUUCAAUGAUCCAAAUUUGCCUUUAUUUUCUCUAAUGGUCCCUUCAAAGUACGAAUGAAACUGAUGCUGGGUCAUAUGACAGAAAUAAAAGAUUUCACAGCAAC